UGGGUGGCUGUGUGGAUGCCCCUGAGGUGGGAGCAGAGGGUUUCCAGUGCUGCAGGAGCCGGGCUGAUCUCCUUUCUUUCCUUGCAGUACAUCGGGAGCCUGGAUGUGCCGCGGCCCAACAGCCGCGUGGAGAUCGUGACGGCCAUGCGGCGCAUCAGGUAUGAGUUUAAAGCCAAGAAUAUCAAGAAGAAGAAGGUGAAUCUCAUCGUGUCGGUGGACGGUGUGAAGGUCAUCCUGAAGAAGAAGAAGAAGCUCCUUUCAUUGCAGAAAAAAGAGUGGGCCUGGGACGAGAACAAAAUGCUCGUCAUGCACGAUCCCAUCUACAGGAUAUUCUAUGUAUCUCAUGACUCCCAGGACCUAAAGAUCUUCAGCUACAUUGCCAGGGAUGGCUCCAGCAACGUCUUCAGGUGCAACGUCUUCAAGUCCAAGAAGAAGAGCCAGGCCAUGCGCAUCGUGCGCACCGUGGGGCAGGCGUUCGAGGUGUGCCACAAGCUGAGCCUGCAGCACACGCAGCAGAACGCCGACGGCCAGGAGGACGCGGACAGCGAGAGGAACGGAGACGACCUGGACGUGCCAGCCUGCCGCCUCUCCGGCGUGGACAGAGCGGCCGCCUCGGCCGAGGAGACCGACAUCGACGCCGUGGAGCUGCCGCUGCCCGGAGCCGACAUCCUGGACUUCAGCCGCGGCGUCACCGACCUGGACGCCGUGGGCAAGGAGGUGGGUGCCACACCGGGCCCAGGGUCCCUGGACGCCGUGGGCAAGGAGAGCUGCCUCCACCCUGAAGAUAUCCUGACAGCGUCACCCAAGAUGCUGCUGCCCUCAUCUGCCCAGCUGCCCGACCUGGGAACACCCCUCUCUGCCCACCACCAGAUGCAGCUUCUCCAGCAGCUCCUGCAGCAGCAGCAGCAGCAGACACAAGUGGCCGUGGCACAGGUCCACCUGCUGAAGGACCAGCUGGCGGCAGAAGCGGCGGCACGGCUGGAGGCCCAGGCUCGUGUGCACCAGCUCCUGCUCCAGAACAAGGACCUGCUGCAGCACAUCUCGCUCCUGGUCAAACAGGUGCAGGAGCUGGAGCUGAAGCUGGCGGGGAACACGACCACAGGCUCCCAGGACAGUCUGCUGGAGAUCACCUUCCGCUCCAACGCGCUCCCCGUCCUCUGCGACCCGACCACCCCGCAGCCCGAGGACACCCACCCGCCGCCGCUGGGCCCCAGCUCGGCUUUCCCCAGCGCCGUGGGCAGCCCCAUAGGUAGGAACGACUGUCUGGUGAAGCUGGAGUGCUACCGCUUCCUGCCGGACUCGGGGCCGCCCGGCCCGGAGCCAGCCCUGGGCAGCCUGGAGCUCAUCAAGUUCCGCGAGUCCGGCAUCGCCUCCGAGUACGAGUCCAACACGGACGAGAGCGAGGAGCGCGACUCCUGGUCCCAGGAGGAGCCGCCGCGCCUGCUCCACGUCCAGCCCAGGCAGGACCUGGGUGACAGCCUGGAGGACGAGAUCGCGGUGUAGGGGUCAGAGGAGGCGGUGCACAGCAGCCAGGACCUGCGGGGGCUGGGAAGGAGCCUGGCCGCAGCCCCACGGCCCUGGCAGGGACGGGACAGCCCGGAGGGAGGGGGCAGAGCAGGGAGCGAGUGGAGGUGAGGAUGGAGCCGUGCCCGGGCCGUGUGCCGGGUGUGCUGUGCUCCGGCCUGCGGGGGCUUGUGUGCUGAGCUGACAGCUCCUUGUGCUCCCCUCUGGGCCCAUCUCCCUUCAAACCGUGUGUCCAGGUGAGGCAGAGUGAAGGACUGCGGCUGGGUUAGCCCCUGCUGCUGCUGCUGGGGAAGCAGUGAAGCAGAGGAAGGGUUUUGCUGGGGGAACAGGAGAGCAGUCUAGGGCGGUGAGCAGGGACGAGAGGGGACAGCUCCGAGGUGAUGAGCAAGGACAGAGCAGCUGGUCGGGCUCUCUGCAUGGUGGGCAGGCUGGGGGACAAGUACAGGACCACGCUAGGUGAGGGUUGGUGACAGUGCACUGUCAGAGUGGGUCUGUGAGUGAGAAGUGAGGCAUUGAGGGACACUGGGGAUGAGCCUGGAAAGGAUUUGAAGGGGUGAGCUGAGCUUGCACAGGCUGGCCAGGUGCAGGCAGCUGCUGGCAGAGGGAUGUGGCAGUUCCAGGACAGGGUUUUUCAGUGCCAAGGCAGGUGGAGGCCGUGCAGGCAGAGCCUGCUCCGCUGCCAGGCUGGAGCAGAGAGGAAGGCACAGCGCAGUGUGGAGCAGGGAGCCAGGGCAUGCAGCACCAAGCUGUGGAGUGUCCUCCCCCUAAUCAUCUAAUCCUUUGGCUCCUCAGCCAAAGCCUUUUUUGUGCUCUCAAGUCACAUUUUCAAACACUUCCCAUCACCACAAACUCCCUGCUUUGCUUUAAAGACAAACCCUCCCAUUUCCAAGCAGUUGUUUUGCCCCAGACCAAGCCUGGGAGCUGCAGUGCUGGCAUUUUACCUUCAGGGAUGAGCACACUUCCAGUCCUCGAUGGAGAGUGAAUUGCUGCUGUCCACAGGGGUGCUUCAUCACACCUCUGGUUUGCACCCUCUGGAAAAGUGAAUCCAAAUCCUCAGGGUCCCCCACCAGCCCUCGAGACACUUAUGACACUGAAAGCCAUCUGUGAGGGCCUGCAAGGGAUCCAGAGCUCAUUCCUUUUCUGGAAACACUUCUACCACCUGCCUGGUGCUGAGCCUCUACGAGGCCAUGAUUGAAGGGGUAUGAACCAAAGUCCUGAUGUCCACCCUGCUUCAUGUGGAAGCACUCGAUGAGGUGGGGAUUUGGCACAGUUUUCCUCCCCAUCCUCCCUCCUGUCCUGCUUCUGCUUUGCUUUGUUGCUUGCUACUCUCACUUUCGCCAGCUCUGUCUCUGCUCAAUCUGCCUGCAGCUAACCCCUGGCUGGCACCACCUCUGGGGCUCCUCCAGGGCUCAGCCUGGCUGCUGGGGAAGGUGCACCACUUCUCUCUGCCCCGGUGCCCUUGGGGCUGAGGGCUGCUGAGGAGAGGUGUGUGCAUGAGAUCCCAGGGUCAGCACGAGCUGUGCUAUGCAUCCUCCACCACACAAGACUGGAUGGUCUUGAGGAACUAGAGGGUCUAGUGGGAAGGAAAGAAGGACAUGUUUCAGUGUCCCCAGCAGUGCCUGGUGUCCAGGGGAGCUCUGCACCAGCCACAGAGCAGGCAGAGUGGGAGAGGAUGCUGUUUGGUACGUGGUGCUCCUGUCCUCUAGGCACCAGUGUCUCCAUGUGCCCUGUCCCACAUGUCCCCAUGUGCCAGCCCCUCUGCUGGGGAGCCAGCAUCCCACUGCCAGCUUGCAGCAGCUGAAGGUGCAGUCAGGGGGUGUGAGGCUGGUCCAGCUGGGAGGGAGAGGUGGGCAUGACAGCAAGCACGAGGCAUGGCGCUUCCAGGGUAGGGAGGGUUGAGCUUGGACAGGGAUUUCGGUGUGGGCAGAUAGAUCAUUCAGAGGAAAGGACAGCAGGAGCUCAGCUCUGCACACGAAGCAGAGAAGGGAGAGCCUGAGAGGAGCAGCAGCAGGCCAGAGGUCUCUUCCAGGCUGGGCUGCCUCAGGAAGCAGGUGGGGGAAUCAUCUCCUGGGCCAGCGCUCCGGUCCAUCCCUGCCGCACACACAGAGCUCAGGCCGUGUCCCGUGAGGGGCUGUGGGGACCAGCUGUGGCCUCGGGCUCCUGCCCCACACUCUGCCCACAGGGGACACUGGCAGGUGCCCCACAGGGGACACUGGCAGGUGCCCCACAGGCCGAGGGGGUGCUGCCAGGGCCGGGUGGGAUGCUGCCAGCCUCAUGCUGCACCGUGGGUGUACACUUGUAAAUGACCCCUCCUAAGUCAGCACUGCCUCCAAGACUCCUCUCUAGCCUCUCACUUUUGUUAUGGACCUUGACAGGGGUUUUAUAGCUAUAUUUUUUGUCCUUUCUUUUCCUACAACUGUCGUAUUACUAACUGUUGACUCAAUCUGUCUGGGAAGCCAAUCUGUCAAUGUAAGUGCACUUAACCCUUGGGUGUUGUCAUUAGUCAACUGGCUUUUGCUAAAUAAAUCUUUCUAUUUCUCAAGG